ACGGAAGUGAAAAGUGACAAAGAACAAUGUCCACGUUAGUGUUUUAUUGUUGUUAUUUAGAUGUUAAAAUAUGACUAAUUUAACUGCACAGCAUCACAUACUUACGCAAUAUAGUGUUUAAUUCACGUUGGAGACAGGACUUGGUUGAUAGACGAUAUUUAUGUAUGUACCGCAGGUUAGUUAGCUGCUAACAAUGGCUAACUGUGUGGUUUUUCACACUCAAAUAGCUUCCAUCAUGGAGGUGCUAGCGAAUGCAGCCGUGGCAGAGAUCUGUAAACUCGUAGACGACGACUAUGCAGUGUUUCGUUUAGAAAUAACUCAAAGCCAGAAAGAAAACAGGACAUUACGAAGGAAACUACUGGAACUGAAGGUGGCACGAGAGCGCACAGAGAGGACAAUGCGAGAGCGCGUCCUCGCCAGUCGUCCCAGUAGUGUCAAGAUCCUCGACCGAUACAGAGGAAUGGCAAGAGGUGAAGGAAAUCUCACUGGAGGACACAGGAGCUUUGUGAAGCCAGUGGGACACAAUACAUGGAGAGAUGACCAACCAAUCACUGUAGAUGAGGGGAGUGGAACCUCAACCCAGCACAUUAUCAUGAUAGAGGCUGCAGAUGCAGAGACUGCAGGUCUUGGGGUCAAGCAGGAGAGGUCUGAAGGAGAGGAGGACCAACGACACAGCAGAGACAUCCAGACUGGAUCGGCUGGAGCGCCAUCUUUAGCCACAGCAAACCCCACCACCGCCACCACGCAGCCCAGGACCAGAUGCAGCAUCACGGAGGUCAGUGGAACGCUGAACGGCAUCCGCAAGUCAGAGACCGACACCAAGGCUUUAACUGUAACACAGAGACCAGAGAGCCCAGAGAGACUGGGGCUGGGGAGACUGGGCUGUCCUCCUGCUCUCGGCUCAGAGUAUUUACUUUACGGUAACCCAAGCCUGAGGACGGGUCAUUCCCAUCGAGACGCAGGUGACGUGUUAGAAACUGGCAAUGAUCCGUCUUGUUCUUACACUACAGAGAUGGACCCUGGCAACAUUCCCUUGGAUUUAGAGACACACACUGAUCUGUCUAGAGGGGACUGGAACCAGUACAGUGGUAGUGUAUACUCUGAAGGCUGCCGAGAUAAGAAAGGGGAGGUUAUAGUGGUAGAUGAGGUGAAAGUGGAGGGCGACGUUCCACCCACAUGGAAUCCAGAUACUCACUUAGGAGAUGGACUCUCACAGGGCAGAGAUUUCUUAGAUUACAGGGAAAGCUUAGAGACUAAUCCAAAUGUCGCGACACACUCCCCUUUAAAUGACCUCACGGAUCGCAACCGAGUGUCCACGUCGAUGCGGCCUUCCGAUUCACACGGCCGCGUCCUUUUUGAUCAGGUAUUGAACUCAAACGACAGGGCUAGAGCCCAGGCUCAGGGAGGAGGAGCCACAUCAGUCAAUAGUAAAGAGAAACGGUUCCUCUGCAUGUUUUGUAACAAAGGCUUCAGCUGCCCCCAGAAAGUGGAGAUCCACCAGAGGGUCCACACAGGGGAGAAACCCUUCAGCUGUACCCAGUGUCACAUGCGCUUUGCUGAGGCUGGCAACCUGAAGCGGCACCAGAGGGUCCACACAGGGGUGAAACCCUUCAGCUGUACUGAGUGUCAUAUGCGCUUCGCCCAGGCUGGUGACCUGAAGAGGCACCAAAGGGUCCACACGGGAGAAAGGCCAUUCGCCUGUAAUCACUGCGGGAAGAGGUUCUCUGAGAGGAGAUACCUAAGGAUACACCAGCAGAAAAUCCAUUCCACUCUUUAACAUAAAAGUAACCAUUCCACUCGAUAGCUACCUGGCUAGCUAAGUAAACAACAGCUGGAACGAUCUAGCUAGCUGUAAAGUUUACAAGUAUCCCCACUAGCUGGCUACUAGACAACCAAUAUAACAGUUGGGCCUAAAGCUUUUUGUUGGGACCCAAGACAAGCAACUCUUGCCUGUAUCAGUAUUGGACACUAGCAAUACUGUGGACCAAUACUUUUAUAGCAAUAUAGCUACCUACUGAUAUAAUGGCCCAAUGUAUUGCACAUUGUUUUGAUAAGCCGGUUAGAAUAAGGCUGUCAAAUCAUAAAUCAUAAUCUGUACCAAAUGCAUUGCCUAUCAAUUAGUGCUGGGCGAUAUAUAGAAUUAAUUUGAUUCAUUCGACUUAAUGUUUUUGUGCAAUAUUCCAAAUGCCUGUAUCGCAUUUGGAGUAUUGCACAAGUUUUUAGUUUUAGUUUUUCUGAGCGUUUAUGUCCCCUUGUUCUGAUGUUGUCUUUUUGGUCUCGUUCGCUCCUUCUGUGCUGUGCACCUUCCCAUUUACACCAGAGAUCGGUAUAUAACGACGAGAUGCUCAUGUCUCCCCGCCCUAACAAUGGGGGGGGAGUCGUCCCAAAGGCAGGGGACAAGCUUAGGGUCAAAAUAAGCGCAUACAAACGCAUUUGGCUUAUUUUGGCGAGAGUGAAACCUCUCCCUUCGCCUCUUUCUCCCAAGCCCCUCCCCCUACCACGCACAACAAUAAAGAUGAGAGAUCACUUCUUCCUCUCUGACAAACGGUUUCAACUCGCUAUUUGCAUUUGAGGUUUGGUCCAACAGAAUCGGUCAUAUGGACACUGAAACACAUGGAGACAUUAUUUUACUGUAAUAGAGGAGAAGGUAACCUUUCGAACCCUGUUUAUGUUUCAGCUGCUCAAAUUUCGAGCAGAGUAGACACUGCUAAAACGGAUGUACCAAUGAACAUUCAUUCUGGAAAACGUAUGCUCAGUUUGUCAUGCGCAUAUUACGGUACCACGUAUCGCUAGCAGCAUUUUUGUCAAAUAAAGAUUGUUUUACUA